GCCCUAUUGAGCUUGCAUCAAGCUUGGUCCAGGAAGCAAUAAUCUUCGUGCCUUCGUGCAGUGUGGAAGGGUGGGGUCUUGGGCGGAUGUGUAUUGGUGCCUUGUUAUUUGGGCCUUUUGCCCAUGCGUACGGGUUUGAUGCCCGUCCCACGCCUGGUGUAAAUCGAAGACACAAGCUCGGGGCCGGAGCUGGCGAGUGGAAGAGUGAGGAAAGAUCGAGGAGGAAAGAUCAAAAGUCAAGGUGCCUUUGGGUUGGGGCUGGGCGAGAGAUUGCCAGAAGAGAUGUCCUUUGCUAGUCCAGAUGGAGAAGCGGGGCCGGAAGCUACGGACCUGCUAAGCCUUGUCUAAUUCUGAUUCUGGUAAGUUUGCAGCAGUGGCGUGUGGCGACUCACAGUCUGAUUUGACCCGCAAUUGUCUUUCUUCUUCGGGCAUGGCCGACCGCAGCGUUGGGCGGAUGCUGUGCGUUGCGCAUUUCACCCCAGAAGAGGCACGAGUGUAGAUACGAAGAACGAUGCAUUGUAAGUUGUAGUAGCCACAGCGAGGCAAUGCGGGCUGGAUGGCCUGGAUGUCUCUCGACCCAAGCAAACGCAAACAAAAAUGGACCGGAACAGGAAUGCCAGAUAGUGAUUGUUUGCAGCACAUUGUGCUCUGAGCGAAUCUGUCGAUAUCUUAUCUCAAACUUUCCCGAUCUGGAUGCCCUGGUCUGGUAGGGUAUGGCAUGGCAUGGGAUCCAGCAGCAGGUGGGGCCGGGCUGGCUGUUUCUAUUAGGAACUAUUGCGUCCAGUACGGGAGAAAUUAUCGAGUUUCCUUGUCCGAAGCAGAGGACCUGUAAACUAUGCUUUGUUCUGCUGUGUUGAGUCACUCGAAGGUCAGGGUGAAGGUGGUCGCUGCCCGGUUGCGUGCCAUCGCUACUGAUCCUGGGUUGCGAAAUCAUCAUCGGCAUUGAGUAAUUGGAAUGCGUAGAGUGUGAUUUGCGUAGCUGAGCUUCUUUGCUAGCGAUGUUGGUGGUGUUGCCGAUGAUGUGCGCGAUUUAACAUUUGUUGAAAAACGCAAGCUACAAUGGUGGUCAGAAAGGUAGGCAAGUAUGAGGUCGGUCGUACCAUUGGCGAGGGGACAUUUGCGAAGGUCAAGUUCGCCCAGAACACGGAGACAGGAGAGAGCGUUGCCAUGAAGGUUUUGGAUAAAAAGACAAUCCUCCAACACAAGAUGGUGGAUCAAAUCAAGCGGGAAAUAUCGGUGAUGAAGCUCGUUCGACAUCCGAAUGUUGUACGUCUUCACGAGGUUUUGGCAAGCAAGGGAAAAAUUUAUAUCAUUCUCGAGUUUGUUACCGGCGGUGAGCUUUUUGACAAGAUAGUGCAUCAAGGCAGACUUACAGAAAACGAGUCCAGGAGAUACUUCCAGCAAUUGAUUGACGCAGUAGAUUACUGCCACAGCAAAGGAGUGUAUCACCGCGAUCUUAAGCCCGAAAAUUUGCUGUUAGAUGCUCAAGGAAACCUAAAGAUUUCCGAUUUUGGUUUGAGUGCGCUCCCACAGCAAUUGCGGGAUGACGGCCUUCUCCAUACUACUUGCGGAACACCUAAUUAUGUAGCUCCUGAGGUCCUUAACGACCAGGGCUAUGAUGGUGCAGUGGCCGACGUUUGGUCCUGUGGCGUCAUACUUUAUGUAUUGAUGGCAGGGUUCCUUCCCUUCGAUGAGGCAGAUCUAGUUACACUUUAUCGAAAGAUUCAUGUAGCGGAGUUUCAGUGUCCACCUUGGUUUUCAACUGGUGCCAGGUCUUUGAUUACACGUAUCCUGGAUCCAAACCCUCAGACUCGUAUUAAGAUUUCCGGAAUACGUAGAGAUGAAUGGUUCAGAAGAAAUUAUGUUCCUGUACGGAUGCACGAUGAAGACGAUUCCACAUUGUUGGACGAUGUUGAGGCAGUUUUCGAUGAUUCAGAGGACCAGUAUGUGAAUGAGCAGAAAGAAUCUAAAGAUGGCCCCUCAAUGAUGAAUGCUUUCGAGCUCAUCACUCUUGCUCAGGGGCUCAACCUUUCCGUUCUUUUCGAUAGACGUCAGGACCAUGUCAGACGGCAAACUCGAUUCACUUCCAAGAAGCCAGCUAAGGAGAUUAUGGGAAAAAUGGAAGAAGCUGCUAAGGCCUUAGGUUUUACUGUCCAGACUCGCAGCUACAAGAUGAGGCUGGAAGGAGUCACCCCAGGAAGAGGAGGAAACCUCUCCGUUGCUAUCGAGGUAUUUGAAGUUGUACCAUCUCUAUACAUGAUCGAGGUUCGAAAGGCUGUCGGCGAUACUCUCGAGUAUCACAAGUUCUACAAGAGCUUUUGCUCGCAAUUAACCGACAUCAUAUGGAAAUCAGCAGCCGAAGCAGAGGCCAGAAAUAUGAUGAGCCAAUAACACUGGGUUUUUCUUUACAUCGGAGAGAGCCAUUUAGCAUGGACACAAAUACCCGUCAAACAAGGUGAUACAAAUGCCAGUGGGAAUACUGUAAAAUAUGCUUGGAAAGGGCUGAGGUCCUGCUUCCUCCCUCGAGUGGUGAUGAUUUUGAAGUGCACUCCCGACCCACAGUGGGGCGCGAAGAAUGUCUUCAGGACGCAAAGCCAUAAGAAUUUCUUAUUGCUGUCAUCCGUUCACGUUAUGGCUGUUUGACGUGAUAUGUUUCACAUUUGUGUAGAGGACCUUGUAUAGAGGACGUACAACUUUGUCUUGGUUUCAGGCAUUGUAUUGAUUUGGAGUUGUGUUCCACUUGUUGUGGGUUGUACACAAUCAUUUUAAAAGCUUUGCAGCAGAUCUUCCAUGUCUGUUCUUAUCAUUGUUAUUUUAUCUAGUCCGAAAUCUCUCUUCACCCAUACAAUUUCGUCCAUGAAUUCCAUCUUUUGAAGUUGAGACACUCCAUACAUGCACCAUUAGGUUGAGACAUUCAAAAUAC